CGGAGGGCCGAUCGGCUCGAUGAGCGGGGGCGCAGCUGCGGCUGAGCGGCCGACGCCGGGUCCGCGCCCACUGUCUCCCCCUCCCCGAGCUCUUCUUCCGAUUCCCACUCCUUCCCCUGCCCGUCCAGCGCCGCCCGCCCGGGAGAGUUGACGGGAGCUCCCCGGGAGACUCAGGUGGUAAAGAUUUAUCCUGCUUGGAAGUAGAAGAGUACCUCAUUAAAAAAGAUGCCUCCCAAGUUCAAGCGCCACCUAAAUGAUGAUGAUGUCACAGGUUCUGUGAAAAGUGAAAGGAGAAAUCUUUUAGAAGAUGAUUCAGACGAAGAAGAGGACUUUUUUCUAAGAGGACCAUCUGGACCAAGAUUUGGACCUAGAAAUGAUAAAAUUAAGCAUGUUCAGAAUCAGGUGGAUGAAGUCAUUGAUGUCAUGCAAGAAAAUAUUACAAAGGUAAUAGAAAGAGGGGAGAGACUAGAUGAACUACAGGACAAAUCAGAAAGCUUAUCGGAUAAUGCAACUGCUUUUAGCAACAGAUCCAAACAGCUUCGAAGGCAAAUGUGGUGGCGCGGAUGCAAAAUAAAAGCCAUCAUGGCUUUGGUUGCUGUUAUCCUUUUGUUAGUGAUUAUCAUUCUUAUAGUUGUGAAAUACCGUACUUGAUUUGAUGACAGAUCUUCAUUAAACAAAAUCUGGGACAAUAAUAAUAAAAGGUUGCUGCAUAAUUUAAAUGAAACCCAUGUAUAUAAAACUUUCACAGCUUCUUUUUCAAGAAAUUAAGAGGCAAGUAUCACUUCAAAUUGGAGCACUGAGAAUGUCCAAUUAUCUCCCUCCUUUCCAACAAAAUGUUGCUUUUAAUAAUUAUGUUUGAGGCAAAGAUAACCAGCCUUGAUUUUGCCAUAUUCCAAGGGUCUAAUUUGAAACUAGAUACUUGCCAAUUCACUAUUGUAUAUAUAGUUAAACACUGAUGAGGAUAUUUCAUACUGUUAUUUUAAUGGCAUAAGGACUUGUAUUUAUUGCAUCGAGGUGGGGAUCAGGCUGGUGGUCAGGGAGCCUCUGCAGAGUACCAAAUCAUCAUGCUGAAAGAUGAGUAUAACCAUUCCAUCGAGAUUUGCAAGAUUCUUCUCAAUUAACAAUUGCUUUGUAAGCAAUGUUCACAUGUUUAUAGAUGUAACAAAAGUUAAAUGUUGUAAAUGUUGCUGCCUUCAGCUAUAACUAAAAACAUUCCAGUAAACCUAUUUUUGAUUGUAUAAGGGAAUGUGUAGUGAUUUUUUGACAUUUGGAUUAUGGAAAUGGGAAAUUUAAAGUGUGAAAAGCAUAGUAUGGUGUCAUAAACUGAAGGUAAUAAAGUUAUUGGAGAGCAUCAUUGGAGUAUUUGAAAAUGCCAAACAUACAGCUGAAAGUCAUGGUCCAGUCUGUUUUCAGUUAGCUUCCAAUAAGGAGGACCAUUCCUAAUGUGAGUAAAUGAAAUCCACAGGUAACUUGUCCCCAUGAUUUUGUUUAUUAGUAGCUUUCUUCUUUAACUUCAACUAGCUAUUUUACCAGAAAUGCUUAAAGUAGCAAAAUCACCUGCUUAGGAUUUUUUAUUUUUGCAUUCCCUGAUUAUCUCCUGGGAAAUGCAUGUUAUACAUACAAUCAAAUGUGAAAUUAGCCAAUAAUAAUGAGUAUUAGAAGUCAGGAGCCUAGCUAAUCAGUCAGUAACCAAAUGCUAGGGUCACCAUUUAAUCUCAGCCUGUUUUUAUAAUGAUAAAAAGUGUCAGCUUUAAAGUGUGCCAACUUUCUUGGGUUGUUUAAACAUGUGAAAGUGAAAAUACAGUUCUCUAGUGUGUGUGUGAGGAAGUUUUAGAAUAAAACUGGAGGUUCUGUAGAGACUUGUGUACGUGGACGUCUUCACAAUGUAUAUACAACUCUAAAUUUGAAAUAGGGUUAAUAGAAAGUAGCAGUAUUUAAAUAGGAAAAAAAAUAGUCCAUAUAGGGUUUAUUUCUUUGGUCAUUUUCAUUCAAAAUGUAUGAAACAUAGAAUCUUUUUUUUUUUUUUUUUCAGUUCUACAGCAUAGUACUAAGAUACAAAAAUGUUCUCUUUAGAAUGAAAAGACAUUUGAAGGGAGAAGCAUAUUAAGAGAUAUUCAAUACACCUGCAAGUUAAGAAGGUCUAAGCAUUAUAGUCCACUAAGAACAUUUAAAAAGAAGGUCUUAACAUACUAUGGAGUGUGUUCUCUUGUUUCUCCAUCCUUUGUAAAUGUCAGUUACUGUAAAUAACAUCAUAAAUACUAAACCCUUUGACAGAGGAUACCCAGGAGAAUGAGCAUUUUUAGAAUUUCAGUAGCUAAUGUAGUUCAGGAAUGGAAAUGUUUUAACUGAGUGUACAGAAUCAGUCCUAACAUGUUUGUGUGUCCUUCAUUUGGGAUUGGAACUAGACUCACCAAUGGUUAAUUUUCUAUUGGUUAGUAUAGAAAUUUGGUUUCUUCAUAUCAUCUGUCAGUGAAGAUGAUUAUUUCUCAAAAAGAAUCCACAUUUCCAGUGUUUCUUUAAUAAAGUAUGCUUUUAAAGAAAUAAAAACAAAAUUUUUAAAAAUUUUAACAAUGAAAAAAUAAAAGGAAAUAUUUAUAUGACAAUAUCAUAUAUAUGUAGUUCUUUUUGUGUUUAAAUAUAUUGCUGCUGAGAAUACUGGUGGUGGAUAUGUUACUCUGUUAGGGAUUUGCACUAGUGGUAGCCUGUUUAGUGGUAGCUCAGUUUAUCAUUUCAUCCUUCUCAGUCUUCAUUAGUACUAAGACCCUUAAAGUGAUGGACAUGUUUCUGACUCUAUUAUCAUAACCGUGGAGACAUGCACCUUAGGAAAAAGCAAAAUGUGUUCAAAUUGAUGCCAGGCCUGCCUUCCUUCCCUCCCUUAAUCAUUCUUUUUCUCAUUCAGCUCAGAUCAUCCUGCACUUGAAAAAUGAAGUUUCCCCAUCAUCAAAACUCUCAUUACUUGACAACAAUGAAGAAACAGGACAAUUCCAAGUAGCUUUGUAAAUACUAGUUGAUAACCCAGUGAAAUCAGGUCACCCCUUUUAUAAUGCCAGAAACAGACCCUUGUGAUUUAUGUUUAACUACUGAAACCUGUUGCCCUACAGUAGUUUUGUGCUAAUGCUGAUUAAUUAGUUUUUCCUACAGAUUUGAUCCAGUAUUACCUGUGGUCUUUUUGCUCCUCUAUCCUGAUAAAGCUCACUGGAAAUCACCCUCAGGUUUUUAUAAACCUAGGGAUUAUUUCUUGACUAAAGAAAAGUUCAGUAUUGAGAAUGGAACAUUAUAAAAUGGAGGAGUAUAGG